AUGGGGUGCCACCAGAGAGGAUGCUUUGAAGCCGUUGUCGAAUAUUCUGUCUUUGCUGCUGUCGCUGCUGCUGCCGUUGCUGCUGCCACUGCUGCUGCCACUGCUCCUUCCUUGGCUGUCAGUUUUGUUGCUUCUAAUUUCGUCAUUGGUUAUAAUAUUUCCUUCGCUGCUGUUGUUGUUGCUGAUGUCGCCGCUGCUGCCGAUGCUGCUUCCGUUGCUUCUGUUGCUGCUGCUGUCAGUUUCACUUUUAUCAUUAUUUUCCCCUCCUUCUUUGCAUCUGCUGCCGUCACUACUGCUGUCGCUGUCGUUGCAAUUUCCGAUGUUGUCACAAUCGAUUCCGUUCGUGCCACUAACUCUGCUGUCGCUGCUCUUUUCGCUUCUGUUAUGGACCUUGUCACAGCCAAUGUUCCUUCUGCUGCUGCAGCUGCUGCUGCCGUUUUCGCGGUCCCGAGUGAUACCGUUAUCGCUGAUAUCACCGUUUCCGUUGCAGUCAUUUCUGCUGCUGCUGCCGCUGCUGCCGCCGUGUUUAAAGAUCUCCUCUAG